AUGGCUGGAGGCAAAGGAAAGGCUGGAAAGGACUCUGGAAAAGCGAAAACCAAAGUGGUGUCUCGCUCAUUUCGCGCUGGACUGCAGUUCCCUGUCGGACGUAUCCAUCGAUUCCUCAAGCAAAAGACGACCAGCUCUGGGCGUGUUGGAGCCACCGCUGCUGUUUACAGUGCCGCCAUCCUCGAAUAUUUGACCGCUGAGGUGCUUGAGCUCGCCGGGAACGCAUCAAAGGACUUGAAAGUGAAGAGAAUCACUCCUCGUCAUUUGCAUUUGGCCAUCCGUGGAGAUGAAGAGUUGGACACUCUCAUCAAGGCCACCAUCGCCGGUGGAGGUGUGAUUCCACACAUCCAUCGCUACUUGAUGUCAAAGAAGGGACAACCCGCCGGUCAACCUGGACAGAAGCCAGCCCAA